CAGUUUUCAGUUUGAGUUUGUCUGUCGGGCCGUUAACAGCUCUUUCUCGGAGCUCGGAUCACCAAAACGUUGGAUUUAUUGAAGAGUUUAGAUGUUUCAUGUGCGCCGAAUGGUGGAGAAGAAGGGAUACUACUGUACUACACGAGGAGAAAUUGAGUGGAUAAGGUGGAAGUUACUAGCUGAGUAAUUGAGUGGAGUGGCAAAGUUGUUACUCGGGAGUAAAUCCCAGUGGUGUGAAGAAGAAUCCAAAGGUGCUGUUUGAUAUUAAAGGAUAAUAAAAUAACUGGAUAACAGCUCGUGAAGAGAGUAGUUGAAAAAAUAAACAAAAGAAAAGAAAUAUCAUUUGGGCUGGAUUUCUACAAUUUUGGAUUACACACCCAAAUGGUGAUACUGGACGGAGCAGCAAUGUUGCAAGUUGGAAAUAACCAGUACCUUCAACCAGAUUACAUGUCGCCGCUGCCGACGUCGUUGGAUUCCAAGAAAAGUCCAUUGGCGUUGUUGGCGCAAACUUGUAGCCAAAUUGGAGCAGAUUCAGGAAAUAUAACUGUAAAGUCUCUUGUUUCACCGUCGGAGAAAACCAAAAAAUCGUCGUCGUCGUCAGCAUCUUCGGCAGCCUCGAUGGAAAACGGCAUGAAUUCAUCUAGUUCGCGGUCCCCGUCGGUGAAAACCGAAAAAUCGGAUUCAUCUCCGGAGAUCAAGUUAGCUUUCAAACCUUAUGAAAUGAAUGUGCUAACAACGAAAGUGAAGAAUGAAGAUCGUCCAUCAUCAAAGAUGAGUAGUGGAAGUGAUGUGUUAAACAAUAAUAGUGUGAAUCAUAUUAAUAAUAAUGAAAUUAAGAAAGAUGUACGCACUUCGUCCCGUGGUAGUGCGGAAUCUCCUGGUCGCUCAGGAAGUGUACACAUGAAGAGUAAUGAAGUUAGUGACAAUGGAAAGAGUACACCGGAAGGGAGCAGUAGAAAAACCAGUUCACCGAGUGAUCGUGACAAAACUGCUUCCAGUCCGAUUGUACGUUCAGGAGCGGAAAUGUUUCAAGGUGCUAAAGACAUGCAAGGAUACAAACCCGGCGCUUAUGGUAUCAAUCCUAUGACGGGAAUGCCAUCACCGUCGGGAAUUGAUCACACCAAUCCUGCGUUUCGACCACCGUUUGCCGGAGCCUUCAGCCAUCAUCAUGCUGCUAUGCUGGCGGCCGCAUAUCCCGGAGCAGCAGCAGCAGCUGCUGCUGCCGGUGCAAACCCUUACCUCAGUUACACUCGUGUUAAAACUCCUUCUGGAGGUGAAACCCUGGUUCCCAUAUGCAAAGACCCUUAUUGUACCGGAUGUCAGUUCUCGGCGCAUAACCAUCAGAUGAUGAUGGGUGGUCAGUGUCCAGCUGGUUGUACUCAAUGUGAUCACCAAAAGUACAGUCUAGCCAUGGCUAUGGGUACAUUGCCACCAGGUUAUCCAUAUUCACCAGCAGCGACGCAACCCGGCCGUCCGUAUAUGUGCAACUGGGUCAUGGGAGAUUCGUAUUGCGGAAAACGUUUCAACACUACUGAUGAGCUGUUGUCUCAUCUUCGUACGCACACCGCCAAUUUAUCUGAUCCGGCGGCACUAGCUCUUCAGCAACAGUUGAUGCCAUUAAGCGGAAUCUUUCCACCAUCAUCUAUGCACCGAGGUUACCCAAAUCCUCCGCUUAGUCCGCUGUCUGCUGCCAGGUAUCAUCCCUACGCUAAACCUGGAGCAAUUCCGGCAGGCCUUCCUGGGUCACCUUACGGAGCAGCGUUUAACCCAGCCGCGUUCGGUCAAUACUAUUCGCCGUAUGCCGCCGCCUUGUACAGUCAACGGAUGGGAGCAGCCGUUCAUCAGUAAAACAUCUCUUUCCAGUCGGAGUGCCGUGGUGUUAUUUUCUAUAAAUCUGUGAUAUUAACCUUAUUCUAUCGCAAAAAGGAAUAAUUAGAAGGAUUGAUCCCGGUUCUAGCAGACUAGUGGUAGUCGAAAAUGUGUAUACCAAAUCGUGGCUGUAAAACUAGUUUCAAGAUUUUCUACAAUUCAUCUUUCUCUAAAACGAAGCCAAACCAAAUAAAAACAAACAGAAAUCAUUCUUCAAACUAGUUUCAAGCCAUGGUUUCAUGUUAAAUCUGCAGCGUCAUAGGGAAUACGGAAUAAAUUGUCUGACGCAUUUAGGAUAUACCGACGCAUUUUGUGCUAUUGACUUAGAUUCGUAUAUAGGCAGCACGGUAAUCUCUCACUUUACUUUCGAUUCGAAUUUUUUAAGUUAAACUGUUCAGUAAAUUAAAAGUUUAUUUAUUUUUUACAGAAAAUUACGUUUCGGUAUGCAAGGAUAUUUUUUUUUCAACUAAAUAUUUUGUUUAUUUUGUUCAAAAGAUGUAGUGAAACAGUCCACGCGAAGAUGGAUUUCUGUAAAGUUUAGUAAUUUCAUUUUGCAGUUAUAAACAAGUUGUACAGUCAAAAUUAAGAUUCAAGAGAGGGGAAAGAUAUAAGAAUUAAAGUAACAAGCCGCAAAAAUUAUUAAUUAUCCUAAGAUGUACGAAAAGAUACAGACAAGAAUAAAUAAAUGAUUUUGU